AUGAGUACAUCAAAUAAAGACUUUUUCAAACGAUUUAUAUCUGUCCCAGUUAAGGACAAGCCACUUUCAGGAUAUACAUCGUCAUCAACGGAAAUAAUUGAAAUUAGUAUAAACGAGUGUGGAACUCGAUUGGUUGCAUCUCGAACUGAUAAAUCUAUUCGAAUAUGGAAAUGUACCAGUGACAGAUUAUUGGAUCCGAUAAUCAUAGAAGAUGCACAUAAUAGAUCGGUUGAAUGUAUAAGUUGGGACCCAAAAACUGAAUAUACGUUUGCAACUGUGGGUCGUGAUGAGUGUAUAAAAAUAUGGCGAGGAAAUACUGGUACUUUAGAGCGAACAAUUAAAAUUGCUGCCGGUGCUUCUUUAAAAUUGGUCCGUUAUUCUUAUGACGGGGAAUUGUUACUUGCUGUUGAUCGCGAAUCUAAUGUGUAUGUGUAUUCAGCCGGACAAAACUAUAAAUUGGUGAAUGAGUUUCAAGUGCUGGAAUAUGUAUACGAUCUUAGAUGGUUUAAUUCUAAACACAAGUUUUUUAUAUGCGCAUUGCAUGAUGGAACCUUGCCUGUGUAUGAAGUGAGUGAAGAUGGCACCGAAUCUAAAUUGAGAACUACGUUGACUGGGCAUCGAUCUUCGGCUACAACCGUAUCUAUUCUGCCGCGAGGAAACUACAUUGCCGUUGGAGCAAGCGAAGGAGUAGUUAGUAUCUGGGAUUGUUCAACUAUGCUUAACGAAAAGGUAUUGACCUCUAUUGACGAGUCGGUGGCACAUAUUGACAGCAGCAGAGAUGGUGCAUAUGUGGCAGUGUCCUAUGAUAGUGGGUCUAAUUCUAUGGUAUACGAGUCGGACAGUGGAGAACUCGUAUAUGAAAUACCAAACAGUAUGUCGGGGCAGACUACAUUUUCUAAGGUUUGUUGGUUUCCAAAUAAAACUGCGUUUGCAUACAGUAGUGAUCUCGGUACGACAUUGGUUUACAUGAAGAAGUCCGAUAGAAUAGGGGGAGGAAGAAAACUAAAGUAA